UACACACAAACCGGAAGGACUGACAGCAUGGUUGUUCCAUGCUCUGGGGUAGUGAAGAUACCGAACUUAUUUCUAGUUAAGUAUUCGUAAUCAGAUAUUUUUACUAGAAUAGUCAUUCAUUUAAAUAUACAUUCCUUUACUGGAAAAUCUGUUAUCGGUAUUAAAAUAAUAAAAUAAAAUGAUGACUUAUGAUGAUUAGAUAUAGUAUGCGUCUAACUUUUUAGUUUAGCCAAAAUAUUUAGGGGGUUGAUUUUGAUCCGCUGUUAGACAUGUCUAAAGUGAAGUUAAAGCAACCUACUCUAGCUGUUAGUGCAGAAACUAACAAGCAAACGAAGUGCGAUAAAGGAAAAGCCAAAGCAGGCAAGAAAAGAAAAUACUUCUACGAACACAUGGAGCCCAAACCGAAAGAAGAGAAGAAAAACCUAGUUCUUCCGCCCAGAAAUGCCGCAGAGUUUUCAGCCAACUGGAAAAGCCUCCUUAUGGUGCUCAACUCAGAAAAGAAUACAAAUGCAAAGAAGCUUAAGGCACUACCGGUUAAAGUGUCUCACAAGAGUGAGUCACUGAGUCCCAAAGAAGACACAAAUAUACCAGCACAUAAAGACUUAAAUAAAUCAUUAAACGGGUCAAAACUGCAGGGAUCCGAAGUGGCUGGAAAGGAACAAAAUAGGAAUCACCCUAAACAGCACAAAUCUCAAAAGAGAAAAAUAAAUGAUGCAGAGGGACGACCAAGGAAACAAACAGACAAAAGGAAGAAAGUUGAAGAGGCAGAAAAGAAACCAACAGAGGCAGAUAUCUGGUUCGAUGACAUCGACCCUGACGACAUUGAGGCCGCUGUUGGCUCGGAGGCUGCUAACAUUGUGAGGAGGAGGAGUGGUGUAACUAAAACAAAUUCUGAACUUGCACAGAGGAGCACAGAACAGUUGCUGGCCAAGAGGAGCACUUGUGAUGGAUUGACACGCGCCAUUGCUAUGGAUUGUGAGAUGGUAGGGGUGGGGCCUGGAGGCGAAGAGAGCAUUUUGGCACGCGUCUCCAUCGUCAACUACUUUGGCAAGUGUGUUUAUGACAAAUAUGUUAAACCAACAGAGAAGGUCACUGACUACAGGACAGCUGUGAGCGGUAUUCGGCCUGCUGACAUCGAACACGGGGAGAACUUCAAAACAGUUCAGCAGGAGGUGGCUAAGAUUCUGGAGGGACGAAUAUUAGUGGGACAUGCCAUCCAUAAUGACCUAAAGAUUUUGUUACUGGAUCACCCAAAAAGACAUACAAGAGACACUCAGAAGUACAAACCGUUUAAGAAGAUAGUAAAGAGUGGACGUCCUGCGUUGAGGGUUUUGUGUCAGGAGAUUCUGAACGUGAAAGUACAGCAGGGAGAGCACUCGUCUGUCCAGGAUGCUCAGGCCACCAUGCGUUUGUACACUUUGGUGAAAAAGAAGUGGGAGGCAGAGCUUAAAUCCAGCAGAGAAAAGACCACCAGCCAGAAAAACCUUCGCAAACCCAGAGCCAAAGCUGACUUCAAAACAGCAUAAAUGAAAUGGAGCUGAAACUGAAAUAUACACCCACACCACAGUGAAUGAAAGACAAGUGACAAGUGUUUCCAUUAGUGAACAACUACUAGCCGUUUUGUAAAUAUUAUAACUAGUGAGGUCUGACUGAGUUUAAAAAUCAAAGAUUUCACACACGUUACUUUAUAGGUGGCUACAAGUGAAUAAUGUGGCCUGGUAUUACACUGGUAUUCCUCCAGUGCUGCCCUUUGGAAAUGUUCCACAUAUGUGUAUGCAUACAACUCAUUUGUAUUUCAGACCCAAUGGGAACAAUGUUUUACAGUUUUAUUUCUUAAAUGCAUUCUAUUAAAAGACAUGAAAUGUGUGUAUGCAACUAAUGUUAUACUAUUGUAAGUAGAGAUGUUGCGAAAAGCAUUCUUUCCAGACAGAAUUAGUGUCUUGAAAUUCCUUUUAACAUGAAAUCAGAAAGAUUUGGCAUCAGUCAAAAGCAUCGUCCAGUUGGGCCAAGCUAACCUUUGGGGACAGGUUUAAAUUUGCUAAACAAUGGAAUUCUGUCAAAAUAAGAAGAACGAUGUGCAUUUAUUCAUCUAACAAACACACUUGUUCAAAGUGACCUACUAAUCAGACAAAAUUUUGUAAAAAAGA